AUGAAUUCAAAGGAUGUUGCUACCAUUACCUUUCUUGUUCUCUCCCUAAACAUAUUUUUCCUCACCACCCUUAGCUCCGCUCAGGCCCCAACUGUCUCACCACUCCUGAAUUGUCCAAAUGAUCUGCAUGUCUGCGCUGCUCUAUUGCAAGAUUUGGUUACCAUUGUGGCUGGCUCUCCACAAUCCAAACCUUGUUGCUCGCUCAUUGCUGAUCUUGUUGAUCUUGAUGCUGCACUGUGUCUUUGUACAUCAAUCAAGGCUAAUGUUUUGGGAAUAAACCUUGAUAUUCCUUUAAAGGUAGUGCUUGAUGUUUGUGGACGUACUACUCCCAAUGACUUCGUAUGUCGUUAA